AUGAUAUUUCACAGACCUCAUUCAAGAAAGAAAAGAACUUGUGAAGAAAGUAAAACCAAGUUAGAGAAAGAUAACUAUCAUCUUCGAAAUGUAUUACAAACAGAUGUAGAAAAUAAUUGUCUAAAUGAGAAACGGUUUAAUCAACUGGAGCGUGAAUAUAGCCAGUAUGAGCAAGAAAUCCAAGAUCUCAAUAAAGACAUAAAACGUCUUGAGAAUGCUUUAGAAGAAGAGAUAGCUGAGCUAAAAUUCGAAAUCCUCAGUCUAAAAAAUCAGCUAUAUCAAGCUAAGAAGGAUGUAUUAUACUUGCAAAAUCAAGGUGUAAAUUCAGCAGAUAAUGCAGGCGGUCCACCAACUGGAAGAGAAGUAGUAAUAGGAUAUUUAAGAGGAU